UAACUUUUAAAUUAGAUAACGUGCGGUGGCGAGUGUGAGAAUACAGUGAUGGUUAACAAUUUUUUUUAUACACGUUUUAAUACAUUUUUCUUUUGGCGUGAACAUUCUAUCAUCGAACGCUUGCAUAUCCUCGGUUGCUGUGGGCAUGAUAAGCAGUUGAAUUAGUGACGGAUUUUUUUUUUUUAAACUCCAUUUCUCGGCCACGAUGGUGAAAAUCGUAGUGAACGCAAAGCAGUUACCCAUCAAGGCGCACUAUUUCUUUUUUAUGGCAGCGAUGGGCCCAAUCCUGCCUUUUCUGCCGGUCUACGGCAAACAACUGGGCGUCUCACCUUUCGUGAUGGGCAUAAUAACGGCAGUCCUACCUUUGCUGUUUUUCCUCGCAAAACCGAGCUUUGGCUUCAUAGUCGACAGAUACCGUACUCACAGGCGUGCCAUCUUUAUAGCUCUCCUGGCAUCUACAAGCGCCUGUUACGUGCUCAUGUACUUUUUGCCGGCUUUGCCGGUACUACCCGCUCAACGUGCCUCUGCAAAUUCUAGUUUUUCUGAAAUAGACACCCCCGUGGCCGAGAACAACUGCGUUUAUAAAUCCAUGGCCUUCUGGGGUUUCGUCCUGCUAAUGUCCUUGGGAAACAUUGGAUUCAACGUCAGCAACUGUAUCAGUGACGCGAUAUGUUUCGACGUAUUGGGUACGGGUGGCGAGAUGAGCUACGGCAGACAACGAGUGUGGGGUUCUGUGGGGUUUGGACUGACCGCUUUCAUGGCAGGCUACGCAAUGGACUGGUGGUCACGUGCCGAUACCGUCAAGUCUUACACACCCGCGUUCAUUCUCAUCUCCGUCUUUACGUGCAUCGAUCUUUUGUGCUGCUCUAAAUUGGAGUUGCCGAAGAUGACGAGUCCAGAAUCAAUUUUGAAAGACGUGCUUGGCUUGCUCAAAGUAAAGCCCGUGGCAAUUUUCAUCUUUUUCGCGACGAUAGUCGGCAUCGUGGACAGCUUCAUAAUAUAUUUCCUCUUUUGGUAUAUUGAGGAUCUCGCAAUGAUAAGUGGCCACAUGGACGACAUCAAAAUGAUCGAAGGACUGACGGUCUUUGCCGAAACUCUGGGAGGGGAAGUUUUGUUUUUCACGUUGUCCGGCAAAAUCCUGAAAAAAAUCGGCUACGGGUGCAGCUUCAUAUUCUGCUUCGCCUGUUACGCUUUGAGGCUGGGCCUCAUUUCACUGGCCCCGAACCCCUGGUGGAUCGUGCUGAGCGAAUUUUUCAUGCAGGGCCCGAGCUACGCGCUCUGCUACACCACGAUCGUGGCUUACGCGAGCGUCGUCGCGCCCAGUGGCACUUCGGCCACUGUGCAGGGUAUCGUCGCCGGUAUGGACGACGGUCUUGGUUUUGCGAUCGGUAGUUUGAUCGGUGGUCUACUGUACAAGCAAUUCGGCGGAAUUUUCACCUUGAAGAUUUACUCGGGUCUUGCUUUGGUUACCUCGAUUGCUUACACGAUAAUCCAUCUCGCUUACUUGAGGCGAGUGAUGCCGGAGACCGAUACACGAAAGAAUAUUGAAUGGAAAAGCCCGAACGAGGCGGUAAUUAGUUGUGACGGUCCAGACGAAAAACAAUGAUGCACGACCUAAUUUGCACAACUGUGUGACAUUGUGAUAUUGUUAUUCAUAUAUAUAUAUUUAUCAAGACUCUAUGGCUAUGUUUUAUAAUGUGCCAUCGUACAUAAAAACAACAUUUUGUCCGUUAGUAAUAACUUUUCA